UGCUCACUAACCCUGUCACCUGUCAAAUUGUUGCUCCUCGUAACUUUGUUGUCGUUCAAACCAAACAACAUGAACAAAACCAGCUGACCACCCCAGCAACCACCAUGGGCGAAGUCUUAAAGCACCUCCGCGAAAAAUCGCGAAAACGCAAGCAGCUCCUCGCCCAAACAUUGGGAGUCUCCGGCGCCGAAGAGCUCCGCCAGGUCCUCGGCACCGCCUCCGAAGCGCCAAAACGGCGAACCGACCAGCCCAACAGCGAGAACGACAAAUACGACUACAAGAAAGACACCCCCAACGAACUGGUGUACCGGGACUCGUCCACGUUCUUGAAAGGAACGCAGUCCUCGAACCCCCACAACGACUACUGCCAGCACUUCGUGGACACCGGCCAGAGACCCCAGAACUUCAUCCGCGACGUGGGGCUAGCCGACCGGUUCGAGGAGUACCCAAAAUUGCGCGAACUAAUCAAACUCAAGGACGAACUCAUCGCGCAGACUGCCAAUCCUCCCAUGUACCUCAAGUGCGACCUGUCGUCGUACGACCUAAAGAAUAUAAAUUGCAAGUUUGACGUGAUUUUGAUCGAGCCGCCGCUGGAGGAGUACCAGAGGACCAUGGGGGCCACGAACAUGCAGUUUUGGUCGUGGGACCAAAUUAUGAAUUUGGACGUGGGCGAGGUGGCGGCGCAGCGGAGCUUCGUGUUUUUGUGGUGUGGCAGCUCGGACGGGUUGGACAUGGGGCGCGUGUGUCUCAGAAAAUGGGGCUUUCGAAGGUGUGAGGAUAUUUGUUGGAUCAGAACGAAUAUUAAGAAUCCUGGACAUUCGAAGAAUUUGGACCCUAAAGCAGUGUUUCAAAGGACUAAAGAGCAUUGUCUCAUGGGGAUAAAGGGCACAGUGCGACGGAGUACCGACGGUGAUUUUAUUCAUGCAAACGUGGACAUUGACUUGAUCAUUUCUGAAGAAAACGAGUACGGGAGUUUGGAGAAGCCAGUGGAGAUUUUUCACAUUAUUGAACAUUUUUGUUUGGGGCGGCGCCGGUUGCACAUUUUUGGACGAGAUAGUACGAUCAGACCUGGUUGGUUGACGAUCGGGCCUGAGUUGACGAAUUCGAAUUUUAAUCCUGAUUUGUAUAGUAGUUAUUUUGUUAAUAACAAUAUAACUACGGGGUGUACGGAGCGGAUUGAGGCGCUGCGGCCGAAGAGUCCCCCGCCUAAGGGUAAGGGGAGCUCCGGGGGCAGAGGUCGGGGUAACUUCCAGCGUGGACGCGGUAGAGGGCGGUAGUUGUUAAAGUAGGAUUCAGGGUUUUUAAUAAGCGGAUACACUUUUUUUUAAAGCUUUUAUUGAUUUUAACAUAUGACACUACCAAAGUUGUCCAUUCAGCAGUGCUUUCAGAUCUAACUUAAAAAAUAUAAUGUUAAUCUGGAUCACAUCACAAUAAGCAAAUAUCAAUAUAAAAACUAUAAUAACCAUAUAA